UUAAAACUAACUCUCUCUCUCUCUCUCUCUACCCUACACACAAUCACGCCACACUCCUCUCUCCUUUAAUUUUCACACACGCACCACACCACCCUUUCCUUCACGUUCUCAAUCACCACCACCAACAAAAACAACAAACUUCCCUUCAUUCUUUCUUCCAUACAUACACCAAAAACAAAAACCCCCCUCUUCUCUUUCUCCUUAAUGUCUCUUUCAAUUUCAUCACUCACUACCAUUUCAUAUACUCUUCCUUUCUGAGAUGACUUCAACAAACAGCAUGUCAUCAUUAUCAUGGGAUGAACAAGAUAAAUCCAUGCUUCAAACCGUUCUUGGUCCUCCAGCUUUUCAUUUCUUGAUAUCAAAUUGUUUAUCCAACGAAACUGUCUUAAUCGCUGUUGGUGGUACUGGUAGUGGUAGUUGCAGUGCUGAUUCUCUUCAAAACAAACUCUCUGAACUUGUUGAAAACUCAUCAACCUUCAAUUGGAACUACGCUAUUUUCUGGCAACUUUCUCAAUCGAAAACCGGCGAUUACGUUCUUGGUUGGGGCGAUGGAUGUUGCAGAGAACCAAACGAAGAAGAACAACAAGAGAAUGAAGUUUUAACCCUUGGAAGAAAUGAAGAACAAGAGAGGGUUGAGCAGAAUAUGAGGAAGAGGGUUUUACAGAAGCUACACAAAGCUUUUGGUGGUUCUGAUGAAGACAAUUACGCUUUUGGCCUUGACCGUGUAACCGACACAGAGAUGUUUUUUUUAGCUUCUAUGUACUUUUCUUUUCCUAAAGGGUAUGGUGGACCCGGUAAGUGUUUUGAUUCUGGUCAAAAUUUGUGGUUCAAAUCUCUUUCUGAUGAUUACUGUGUUCGUUCUUUCUUGGCUAAAUCUGCUGGAAUUCAAACUGUUGUUUUACUGCCUACUGAUUUUGGUGUUCUUGAGUUGGGUUCUGUUAGAAUCUUGCCUCAAAGCUUUGAGUUGUUGAACAAUGUUAAGUCAUUGUUUACAAUUUCAAAUUCUGUUUCAACCACACAACCGUCGUCAUCAACGUUGUUGUUGUAUCCUAGUCCUAGUGUGAUCAAUGAGGGAAGAGAUGAUGAAAGUGGAGUUUCAAAUGGUGUUGUUCAUGUUCCAGUUCCACCAAAGGUUGCUUUGAAUUUGAGCAAUGGUCGUUCACAUUUUAGAGAGAAACUUGCUAUUAGGAAAAUGGAUAGUACUAAUAACAUUAACUUUCCUAGUUCUAGAAAUGGUGUUUCUGGUUCUGCUAGUUGGGGAAAGAAUCAAGGUCCAGGUGAAGUUUUUGGUUCUAGUAAUGGUGUGAGGAAGGGUUUUAGCAACUAUCAACCACAAAGGAGACAGGUUCUACCACAAAGACAGGUUCAAAUGCAAAUUGAUUUUUCGGGAGCGAAGUCGAGGGCUAAUUCUGUGAGACCGGUUAUUGGUGAAUCGGAAGUUGCUGCGGCUGAUGUUGAGGCGGAUCAGGCUAAUGAUGGAAAGAGGCCGAGGAAGCGCGGAAGGAAGCCUUCAAGUGGAAGGGAUGAGCCUCUCAAUCAUGUGGAGGCAGAGAGACAAAGACGUGAGAAGCUUAAUCAGCGUUUUUACGCUUUAAGAGCUGUUGUGCCGAAUAUUUCCAAGAUGGACAAAGCGUCUUUACUUGGUGAUGCCAUUGCUUACAUCAACGAGCUUCAAGCGAAACUCAAGAUCAUGGAGUCUGAGAAAGAGACACUCGGAAGCAGUACUCCGAGGGAUGGAUCAGCCAACUCAAGAUCAGAAAAACACCAUCAAGUUCCUCCUCACGACGUUGAUAUUCAAACUUCUCAGGACGAAGUAAUCGUGAAGGUGAGUUGUCCUAUUGAUACUCACCCCAUUUCGAAAGUAAUUGAAACAUUCAAAGAUGCACAAAUCGGUGUAGUUGAGUCGAAGCUCGUUGCGGCAAACGAUACAAUCUACCAUACAUUUGUAAUUAAGUCAGAAGAACCCGAACAACUCACCAAGGACAAGUUGAUUGCAGCAUUUUCCGGCGAAUCCAUCUCGUUACAAACACAAACUUUGUCCAUAUAGGCAUCAUCAUACAUAGAGAAGGAACCAAUUUCUAAACCUUCCUAUAAGAAAUUUUUGUUGUGCAGGUGAGAAACCAUCUUCAGAAAUGCUUUAGCAGUGGCAACUAGACAGAAGUAGAAUAAUAUAUAGCUAGAUUCUAUUAACACACCUGUGUAUAGGACAACCAAUUUAUGUUUGUCUAUAGUAUACACAGUUUAAUUAUCAGAAACAUUGUUCCUGCAAUGUUCAUUGUUUUAUUUAUGUAACUGAAAUGUUCAAAGGAUUUAUGUCUUUUCUCAAGUUUUAAUCUUGUUUUUUGUUGUUA